AUACCAUCCACCUAUCCAUCGAUACGGAUAGGCAUGCUAACACGUUGUAGGCACGACGAAGGAUGGCACCGUUCACAGCUUGCACCCUUACGACACGCAACAUGACGACCCUAUAAUAUACACGUAUGCGCCCACACAACAUCGAACGCAUGUAUGGAUGUAGGUGGGUGUAUAUAAAUAUUUCUAUGAUACCUGCCUAACCUACCUUCCUACUUGGGUGUAUGCAACUACACCGGGCACCUCAUACACAAACCCUACCCGGGGCGCCCAGCGCUUCCCUCCGGCCCCUCCGGCCCCGUUCGUCCCGCACCUUGUCCCGCAGCCCCUUCCAGCUUCUUCACUACACACACACGUACACCCUCACACCAUGCACACCCUCACACCCUCUUACUCUCAUCCCAGGCCCAGAUCCAGGCCCGGGCCUUCGCUACGUGAUACGUGCCUAUACGCGGACGCACUCGCUUGCCAUUGCCCAUACCUGCCUCCCGUCCGCCUGCUCGCCUACGCGGUACCGAGCCAGUACGCGCGCAGGCGUGCGCGGACACCGCGCCUGUCCCACAUACCUCUCUCCCUCUCGCUCCCCUGCUGGUGCUCCUCCUUCGCAGCACGACACAACGCACGCCAUGGGUAGGCACGGCCGGUCGUUGAGGGGGGAAGAGCGAAAAAAAUUAUCAAAGCAACAACUCGCGGCCAAUGCCCACCUCUCGUGCGUGCCUACCUACUUACGCAAGCUAUCUGCAUCCCUCGCGCGCGCUCUCCCUACCGUAUCUCGAUCCCCCUCUCGAUCCCCCUCUCCCCUUCGACGGAUCGGCCGAUCGAUCCUGCAGGCCUGGAGACGUGGAACGGACCGCGGGGGGGGGAGGGGGGGGGACGGACGGCAGGGACGGGCAGGCGAGCGCGAGAGGAAGUGAAGGCGAGAGGGGGGAUAGAGGAGCGAAGGGGAGGAGGAGGACGACGAAGAAGAAGAGAGAGAAGGGAGUGCUUAGUGGGUGCGGUGCGUCGUGAGCACACGGGAGCAAGCGGGCGCCCUCGGCUGCCUUAGGC